CGUUGCCGUCUCUGCGUUCGCCAUGCGUCCCAGGGCGCCCCGGCCACUGUGGCCACUGCCCUGGGGGGCCCUGGCUUGGGCCGUGGGCUUCGUGGGCUCCGUAGGCUCCGGAGACCCCUCGCCCGGUGGUGUCUGCUGGCUCCAGCAGGGCAAAGAGGCCACCUGCAGCCUGGUGCUGAAGACCAACGUGAGCCAGGCUGAGUGUUGUGCCUCUGGCAACAUCGAUACCGCCUGGUCCAACUUCACCCACCCAGGGAACAAGAUCAGCCUCCUGGGCUUCUUGGGCCUAGUCCACUGCCUCCCCUGCAAAGAUUCGUGCGAGGGCGUGGAGUGCGGCCCCGGCAAAGCGUGCCGCAUGCUGGGGGGCCGCCCGCGCUGCGAGUGUAAGCCUGACUGCAGGGAGAUCCCCGCGCGCCUGCAGGUCUGUGGUUCGGACGGCGCCACCUACCGUGACGAAUGUGAGCUGCUCACCGCGCGCUGCCGCGGCCAUCCGGACCUGCGUGUCAUGUACAGGGGCAGCUGCCGCAAGUCGUGUGCACAUGUGGUGUGCCAGCGGCCGCAGUCAUGCGUGGUGGACCAGACCGGCAGCGCCCAUUGCGUGAUGUGUCGCGCUGCGCCCUGCCCCGCGCCCUCCAGCCCCGGCCAGGAACUUUGCGGCAACAACAAUGUCACCUACAUGUCCUCGUGCCACCUCCGCCAGGCCACCUGCUUCCUGGGCCGUUCCAUCGGGGUUCGCUACUCGGGCAGCUGCGCAGGUGCGAGUCGGGUUGGAGAGCAGUUGUGGGCUGUAGCCCCCAGCCCCUCUCCAUACUCCCAUUUCUCUGUUCAUCCUUCGCGUUCACCAGGCACCCCUGAGCCCUCUGAUGAUGAGUCCGAGGAAGAGGAAGAGAACUUCGUGUGACUUACAGGGCGACCUGGGCCUGGCGUUCAAGGCCUCCCCCAUUUUAUUUAUUGCCACAGCAAAGCCUAAUUUAUGUCCCACGGACACUCCCCAGAGCCAGGACCAACCAUGUGGGGGAGCCCUGGGCCCCUCCCCCAACUAUAUCUUGGAAGGAUUGUGGGGAGGAGGCCUGGGAGUAGUGCUGGUAGGUGGGGCCUCCACCCCAGACAUCCUACCACUGCCUAAGGAGACCCUGCUUCUGUUCACUCCGGGAUAACUAUUAGUUAUCGCUGUCACUGAGAGGGCUGGGGAUUCUCUGCCAGCAAUUAAUGAAAAGACACCCUAGUCUUCUAGAAUAGGAACCAAGCGAUAAGGAGGGGUCCACAACCUGGGUGCAUAUAUGUGAGCCUCAAAACAUGCUCAGACCCCUAGACAGGCAGAGGAAGCAGUCUCUGUCCCCUACCAGCCCAAGAAUUCAGGGCUUUCCUUCCUCACUGCCUCCACGUACCCAGUAGGUCCUGUGGAGGCCCCUGAGAAAAGCCCAGCUUAUCUCCUGGUAGGCAAAGCCCUAUCUGUGCCUCCUGACACAGGCCUCAACUCAGCAUCAGCUCAGAACAGGGUACCCUGUUCAGUGGUAAUGGUACCCAGUCCAUUAAGGGUGAGACUUGGUGGGGCCCAGGAGGCCCUACUCACCCACUGGCCCAGGUGGGGUAUAGAUGCCAAGGCCCACUGCACACCUGGCCUCUUGGAACUAUGUGUCUGAGCAGCACCUCUAGUGCCUGCUGACUAGUCCACAGGUAAGGUCUGGACCUAGGACCCCUUGGUAUCACAAGGCCCACCCUUGCUGGGCCUCUAGGCCCAGUUCCUAGCUGGACCCUCUUCGCUUACCAGCUAGGCCUAGGGGUCUCUACCCUGUCCAGUGCUAGCCUAAGGUCAAUUCCCUCCAUUCCUGGGCUGUCACUCAAUGGCACCUCCCUGUGCCUUUAUGUAGACCAGAUGUGGGAAUUCAGCUCCUCAAGUUUGGGGCCAGGAGUGCAGGGGGCAGUGUGCUCACCCUCUCCUAGCUCCCAGGAAGUGCCUUACUUAUGACACCCAGAAAAGUGCCCUUGAGUAGGUGAAUUUGCCCAAGCUCCCCAAUAA